AUGAGCACCCACACCAGCUCACAGAGUCAUCUCACACGGUGGGAAGGAGCCACCAUCCGCCGAUGCCGCCGGCUUCACUCUGCCGCACAAAAUGGAGCUGUUGUGGGAUAUGUGGGCGAAUGUUGCCAGUCAUCACCGGUUUUUGUUCCCAUUCCACCUCGUCAAUUCCUGACGCGCCCACGUCUUUUUCAUCACUAUCGCUUGUACGCUGACAGCAUACCCGCGGCACUGUCUUGCAAUCCCGCUGACAGAGACUACGACUAUAGUUGGUUUACGAUGCCGCGUGUACGGAAGAGUAGCACCGUAUCAAAAACCAAGCGGCGACUGAGGGAAAAACUGAUCGCUGGGAGAGUUCCAUUGAGUUCCAUUCCGGAGGGGACCAGCGGUUUGUUUGACUCAGGCCGUAUGGACUCUCCCAUUCGUCGUUGCGCAAAGGGGUUGAACAGCAUCCAAGCAGACGCUGAGAGGUGCUGGGAUUCCGACAGCUCGUGUGAACAACUAUCCCCAACAGAGCCUGGGGUUUUAAAGGAUGACAGUGUUCUUUUGGUGCGACCCGUAGCAGAGGAAAUACCAUCCGAAUUAGAGAUCAUGACGGAUGAAUACAGUCGUGUAGCACCUAAAGGUCGUGAGUGGGAUCGACAGUACGCGCUACGUCACUGCGUUGGUCGGACAGCUCAGGAGGCGAUCGUGGACUGCCUCAUUGACACGCGGUACCGGCGGCCGGGUGAUUACGUUCGGCGGAAUGAUCGAGGGCAACUCGUAGAUGCCUGUGGCCGACCAGCACGGGGCAACAGUCGGAGGCGCCGAGGAUAA